GUGGCUGGGAGGCUGCUGGUGGUGGCUGGGGGGCUGCUGGUGGUGGUUGGGAGGCUGCUGGUGGUGGUAGGGAGGCUGCUGGUGGUGGUUGGGAGGCGGCUGGUGGUGGUUGGGAGGCGGCUGGUGGUGGUUGGGAGGCGGCUGGUGGUGGUUGGGAGGCGGCUGGUGGUGGUUGGGAGGCGGCUGGUGGUGGUUGGGAGGCGGCUGGUGGUGGUUGGGAGGCGGCUGGUGGUGGUUGGGAGGCGGCUGGUGGUGGCAGCUGUGAACCUGCUGCUGGUGGCAACACUGAUGGUUCCAGGUUUCUAGGUGACGGCUAUUGCAUCGAUUGUGUGGUGAAAGCAGCUGACGGAUCUACGGUGGUGCGGGUUGAAGGUAGAUCAAUGCCCUCGAAAAGGGCGGCAAAACAAUGGACAGCAGCUGCAGUGUUACGAGCCCUAGCCUCCAAAGAGUGGCCCGCCAGUGCCAAUGUGCUUUUGUAA